AUGUCACUUUCAGGAUGGCGAGCAUCCAUGACGCGUUUAGCCCCGAUGGCGUCUCGCCAAUUGUCCUCGUCACGGGACGCUAGCGUCAAUGUUCUCUCCGGUAUCCCCGACAAGCAUGCCGCUCGUCGCGUCCGGAUUCACAGGCCAGCGAAGGUUGCGACGCAACAGGGCAGAGGCGGCCUUACCCAGAUGUGGCGGCUGCAGUUUGAGAAGAUCGAAGGCGAUGAUCGAUGGACAAACCCACUUAUGGGAUGGACAAGUACUGGAGAUCCGCUGUCAAACAUGGGAAUGCCUUUCCCAACUAAAGAAGCUGCUAUGAAAUAUGCAGAGCGCAACGGGUAUGAGUACAAGGUUAUAGAACCAGAGGAGGAGAAGCAACAAGUGCGGAAGAUUGCCCCUUUCAAACGCGCGAUGGUACAUCACUGGCGUCACGAAGCCCCAGUAUAUGAAGGCGACGGCGCCAAGUAGAUCAAGAAAAACAUGUCGCGACUUUGCCCAUACACCUGAUGUCUCUCUUGCCGCAUAGCAAUGCGACUUCGACCCUGAAACGUCGGGUGUUCGUCGAUGCUAGCAUUUCGUAGUCUCGCGGUCGCCCUAGAAGCUUUCACUCAUGUAAGCCCUAGAUGGAACCGAGUGACAAGCCGUGUGGUUUUGCAUGUUUGAGUUCUCAGAGCUCGAGAAGCAUCAUUGGUAGCGGCUUGAACAACGUGCAGCAAGCGAUCAAUGUUUUUACAGGACGGGAAGGACAUUGUGAAGGCGACGGGAUCUUUUGAUUGUAAAGGGAUCCUACUUUUCGAAAGACGUGUAUCUCUCGCGCUUACACACGGGAGGCAAAUUUUUGUCGUCGUAGUAGAUGCCAAACUGAUGGAAACUUG